GGUUCUGGUUCUCAGUACCCUUGUUUGAAGCAUCAAAAUUGAACAUGGCUCUCCUGCACUUGUCUUCUGCCCUGAGUAUUCUCUGCUGCCUUCUGACUGCAGAGGGCAGCGUCCUGUUGGAAAAGACCAUGGUUAUGCUGAAUGAGUUUAGUGCCUCUGAGUGGUCUAACUGUGGUGUGAACGACCCCUUUGUUGUGAACAGUCUCUCCAUCUCUAGUCCUAUCAAGAUCCCUGGACCCCUCACUAUUGGGCUGUCAGGGACUCUCAAAGUGCCAGUCAAUGCACCGCUGAAGAUGGAAGUUGAAAUCAAGAAGAAGGUUUGGGGCAUUUGGUUUAAGUUGCCCUGUGAGGAUAAUUACGGCAGCUGCACCUACAACGACUUCUGUGAAAUGCUGGAUAAAAUGUUCCCAGAGAAAACCUGUCCCUCCACCCUGCAAUCCCAUAGUGUUCCCUGUCACUGUCCAGUCGAACCGGCUGAGAUAAAUAUACCGACGAUUACCCUAGAUAUUCCAAAGAUUCGUCUACCUUCUUUCCUUGCCAAUGGAGAGUACUGGCUGCAGAUUAAGGCAUCCAGUGGCGCAGAGCAGAUUGCCUGUUUCAGUACCACCGUCGCAGUGAAAGCCACAUAAGAUACAAGCCUGAUCCUCUCAAGGCAUUGGCGCUACCUGGUGAAAAAAUGUCGCUAGUGUAGUUCCCUUGAUCUUAUGCCUCCUGAUUAGAAACAAAAAAGAGUUUAUAAGUUCUUAAUGUAUUCAUGUGUAUUAAAGAAAUCAAAUGGAAAUCAUCUGAUAUCCCCUAA